GUUCAUCAUCACAUCAGUUGCCCUCAUCGCAAUUAUUCACCGUUGGGGGUCUACUGUAUCGUGCCCUUGGAGCCAUCGUCUACCUGUAUACGCGGUAUUGAUCACCGAAACGCACGGGCUUUGCUGGGAAUCGCUACGACGAUCACGUCGGGCCGAAGCCAUUCGCUCCACCCUGAAUCCAGAUCCACCUGAGGUCGUCUUGGGAAGCGCCGGCCGUACCAGUAAUCCAUCCACUUCCCGUCCACGAUGGGGUCCAAUACAGCCGUAGGUCUUUCCAAUUUCAACGUAGGAGAGAACUAUCAAGUUGUCGAUGUGGUGGGAGAGGGCGCAUACGGCGUCGUAUGCUCUGCGGUUCACGUCCCAUCACAAACAAGAGUGGCAAUCAAGCGGAUCACACCCUUCGAUCACAGCAUGUUCUGCCUCCGAACACUUCGAGAGAUCAAGCUGCUCCGUCACUUCAAUCAUGAGAAUAUCAUUUCCAUUUUAGAUAUUGUCCGGCCGGCGUCCUUAGAGGCUUUCCAAGAGGUCUACCUGAUUCAGGAGUUGAUGGAGACAGAUAUGCACAGGGUCAUCAGGACGCAGCAGCUUUCUGAUGACCACUGCCAAUACUUCCUCUACCAGACCCUCCGCGGUCUGAAGGCGCUACACUCAGCGCAAGUCUUGCACAGAGACCUCAAGCCAUCUAAUCUUCUAUUGAAUGCAAAUUGCGAUCUCAAGAUCUGCGAUUUUGGCUUAGCGCGUUCGGCCAAUCAGCCAGAGGCAGAGGGGACAGGCUUCAUGACAGAAUAUGUUGCCACGCGGUGGUACAGGGCACCGGAAAUCAUGCUUACAUUCAAAGAGUAUACAAAAGCGAUCGACGUUUGGUCUGUAGGGUGCAUCCUUGCAGAAAUGCUUUCGGGAAAGCCAUUAUUCCCUGGUAGGGACUACCACCACCAACUUUCUUUGACAUUGGAGAUUCUUGGUACGCCUUCUCUGGACGACUUCUACGCCAUAACCUCGUCGCGAUCGAGAGACUACAUCCGCGCUCUGCCUUUCCGAAAGCGCAAGAAUUUCUCCCAAAUGUUCCCGAAAGCCAACCCGCUCGCCGUAGAUCUGAUGGAGAAGUGCCUAACCUUCAGCCCUCGCAAACGUAUCACUGUUGAGGAGGCCCUUCAACACGAGUACCUCGCGCCAUAUCAUGACCCUACGGAUGAACCGACAGCCGAGCCAUUGGACCCAAGCUUCUUCGACUUUGACUAUCCCAAGGAGCAGCUGAGCCGCGCACAACUGAAAGAGCUCAUUUACCAAGAGAUCACCCGUUGAUUGUUUAUUUGCAUCGUACGUUUCGUAUGCUCGAGAAGAGAAAGAUGGAGCUACCCUGCUCUCGUGCAUGUGCAUGACACCUCUUGUGCAGAUAGAGAAAGAGAUGGGCGCAUCCGAAUCGUCUGUGCGGGCUGCAUGCAGUCGACGCUGGACGUGAUGAUAUUUGAAAUCCCGCAUACUAUGGGCAGCUGCACGUAGUUUAUCUGCCGUCAGGUGCUCUUGAAUGCGAUAGGAUUACGAGCAUGACCUC